AUGAACUGCAUAAAAUUCCACCAGGAGGGGUUAUCCAUGGUGCAGCGACUGUCUGCUGGCGGGCUUCCAUGCGCACCAUUUCGGCGUGGACAGGCCAUCUGCAAGGCAGUCCUGCAAGGAGGUUACGUCGGCAAAUCAAGCCUCAGUAAAAGGGUCAAUAGUGAGAGCACGGAACAGCCGCUCAUUCGCCAGCCCUCGUCACGAACGGACAAAUUGAACAAGGAUCAGCUUGCAGCUGUGCUCGCCUCUGAGCAAACCGUCCGAGUUCAAGCGGGUCCUGGGAGUGGCAAGACGCGCGUUGUGGCGGCCCGAGCGCAACACCUCAUCAACGAGCGAGGCGUUGAGGCCCGCCGCAUCUUGGCAAUUACCUUUACCAACAAGCAACACAUGCACGCCUGCACGUCUGCCUGUGAGCAUCAAGCUGUUUUGGUAAAGCCCACAGACUUACAGGACGAGGCAGCGAACGUUCGAAAGGGUAAUGUUAGGCUGCAUAUGGUCUUUGUAUUAAUUGUCAAUAAGGUCGAGAUAAGGUAG